GAGCGAAAGCAAAAUAUAUUGAUUUGUCAAAUUAUAAAUUGGACUCUCCUUAAUCCUUAGAAAAAAAAAUGAACUGUCCUUCCAAAAUUAAAGACUCGAGCUGGUUUAAUUCACACUAACCAAACCGGAAUACAAGAAGAUUUGGUCAAAUAAGGUCACGAACAGAUGUUAAAAACAAAUGGGCCUAGAAAUUAAAACCCUAACGUUCUUUAAAACCGACACCAAAUUAACAUUAUAAAACCACUGUUCAUCUCCAAAUAUCUUCUUGCAACUUCUCAUCUUCACUUUCUUAAAGAUUACGCUUCUUUCUCUUCUGUUACUUAACGAUGAAGAAAUUGGGAUUGACUUGCAGAUGGAUAGCUUCGGAUGCAGUUUUCAACAAACUCUCGCUCAAAUUCAACGUUCUCGUUGUUGUAACGCUGAUGUUGCUGAGGAUCUGGGGAGAAUCUAACUUCAUCGAUUUCGUUAACUUUGAGAUAUCGAAAGUAACUUUCCGUGAGGCGAUGGGGCUUUUGACUCUGAUGAUGGCUUAUUUUUACUACUUGGGAAGUUUACGCUGGAUUGUAUCUGAGUUGCUUGAGCUUAACGAUCCAUUGGUAAGGAUUGAAAAAAGAGUUGGCUAUGAUAUAUGGUUUCUUGACUCUGGCCUUUUACCUCGUGAACCUGUUUGGAUUCUUCUGGGGAAUUUUAUGGCUACUAGUUUCUCCUCCGAGUAUUCUUUUGGUUAUUCGAUUCGCCAAGUCCAUUACCUUUUGAGAAUCUCAAGAUUAGAUUCCUUGGAGAUGAAGAUUCAACUUAAUUCAGCAUAUGGAUUUUUUGGGGUUCCUCUUUUAGGAUUGAAUCGUUUGGUGGUGAUUUUUUUGGUUUUUAGGUGUUGUAAUUACUGCGAUGAGUAAUCUCAAGGUUUGAUGCUUGGGGAUGAAGGUUCAAAUCUGGGUUUUUAGGUUUUUUUCUAUUGUUGAAUCGUUUCGUGGUGAUUUUGUUUUGUCUUUUUUUUUGAUGUAAAAUUUUAUUCACAAAAAAGGGUUUUACAAUGAAUGCAAAAUAAAGAAGUUAU